AGAGUGACAGAGCCCCGGAGUUAUUCCCCCUCCCUCCAUCACGCUAAUUUUCCCUCCAUUUCUCUCUCGCCAAAGACAUUUUAGCAGUCUAUAGAGCUCACUCAUGGAGUAUUUUCAUGUUCUUUUGGUCUUGCUGGUGAAAUCAACUCCGAUUGUAGUUCUCUCGCCGUUUCCGUUCUUUUGAUCGCACAGCAGAGUCGUAAAACUGAGGUUUCCGGGGUAGAGGUUUUGAAGAGUUAGGGUUAGUCAACUGCAUUUUAGAUUAGACGUCUUUGAUCGUUCGGCGCCGGGAUUUUGAUUCUCAGUAGACUUCGCGACGACGAACUCGUCCCUAGCUGGCACAGUUCUUGGAGCUUUCAAGAAAAUGAGCGCCGGAGCUCCGUCUGAAGGCUUGCUGGAGGAAUCAGGAGCAGAUGAUGGAGACCUUGCGCCAUCGUUCAGCAAAGGCUCCAAGUUUGCGUAUUCAGCGGAUUUUCUCUUGUCCAUAGCUAUGUUGGAUAUAUGCCAGAGGUUGCCUUGCAACUUCGAUUCCGAGAUAUUGCGUGAGCUUGACGAACGCCCUACAAUUUGGCCGCAGCCGAAGACCGAGUCUGAGUUUGCGAGAUGGGAUGGCAACAUUCUAUCAACUAGUUGGAGAGUUGGUCCUGAAAAUGGAAUUUUAGGGAAGAAUCAUCCUGACAGUGUAAUUUCAGGGAAGAAUACUUCUGAAAGUGGAGCUCUAGGGCAGAACAAUCCUGAAAAUGGAAUUUUAGCGAAGAAUCAUCAUGAAAGUGUAAUUUUAGGGAAGAAUACUUUUGAAAGUGGAACUCUAGGGAAGAACGAUCCUGAAAGUGGAAUUUUAGGGAAGGGUACUCUCCUGCCAGCACCUGAACCUAUAGCUGUUGACUCUGCUCCAAAGAUUCAUGAGGGUAGUACCUGUCAUCUGCUAACCCGAAGAAUUUUAAGGAUACGCGUGAAGUUGACAUCCUGAUCUGUUAUGAAUUUUCGGGUUUUGUGUCUUUCAGAUGGAUCUCCAUUCUGGGACAGAGAAAAUGGACAUUGGCAGAGAGAAAACAUUUGAUUCCUUGAGACCACGGAGGACUGAAGUGGAAAAACAGAAGGAAACAUCUGAAUCGUUGUGGAGUGAUCGUCAAGUAACUCAGGAAACUCAGAAGAACAUUUCAGAUGAUCAGAAAGAAAACCAGGACCCAAGUAACGCCACAGGCUCAGGAGAUUCCCAGAAGUACGGAGUUGACGAAAGUUGGACAUCCGAGAAACUGAAGAGUAAGGCUGGCCAGACCACCAUAUCCUGUCCUUACUUCCUAUCUUGGGUUAAGCCAGCUGGCAAUAGCAUGUCCAGUAUCGACGGCAAACAUGGAACAGGAGAAGCACAUAUGGAUCACGGCACAAAGCUGAACGAGCAUCCAUUGACAAGUAUCCCUUCAGAAAGUAACGAAGGUACAGGCCAGUCCCACCCAUCUACCUCUCCUGCCUCUGUCUAUCACCAACAACUGCAUGAAUGGGACAACAAAGCAACUAUUUGUGCAAACCCUUCUGGUCCUACGCAAGACAAUCCAGAGAUCGAUGAUGCCGACUAUCAGGAUCUCCUUGCUUCAAUAGAGGAAGAAAUUGCGUGCCAGUCUACUGACCUGCAGUGUAGCCAGGACCUCUCGAUGCUGGGUUUCUCCGAGUUCGACCUUGGAGGAGGGCAGAGACCAAUUCCGGCCUCCCGUGACGAUGGCAUGGUUCUUCCAUCCGAAGUCGACGCUUCAAGCUGCAAUGAGACGAUCCUUAAGGACGAUGAGCAUGCUGAUGAAGUGACUCCAGAAGUUUUAACUGAACAGGAAACUUUAGUAGACUCAGCUGCCCCCCACUUCCAUGAGAAGCCUCAUACAAGCGAUGAAAUCUGCUGGCCGGACGAAGACAGUUUGAUUACUAUCGACGACUUCUUAUGUCCAAUGGAUGAAGCCUCCAGCGGCGAACUGUGUAAGCAGCAGUCCUGCCCACCGUUGCUUGGCUGUCGGAGGAAAUCAGAGAACAAGAAGCAGACCAAAUGUGUUUAUGCUCCAAAGCCUAUGGGACCAAUGAUAUGUGCUCCUCCUCAACCUCCUCCUGGUAUGGGGCCAUGGUUCCCUGUCCUGCCUCCUCGGCCGCCGCCGCAUCCUAUACAUCAGAUGGGGCCCUAUCCUCCUAGCAUGUGUUACCCCUUUGGUAAUCAGGUCCACAUCUAUACGAACCUAUUAGCCAGACCAGAUCAGAACUUGGGGUGGCCUUGGUUCGGCAACGCUUAGAUCUUAUUGGACGUCGUAGGUGAGCAACAUGUCUAGUUACCGUCUUAUACACCUCAUUGCAGUCAGGAUUUGCUUUUAGAAAUCAGACACUUCUGAUUAGAGUUAGUCUCUGAGCUAGAUACGUAACCAUAUGUUGGUUAGAAGUACCAAAAUUAGGGUCCUAGUUGAAUUAGCUGAGGAUUAGGAAUUUCCCAACUCUGGAAAGAAACAAGGGGAGCAUGUGAAGCGGAUAGUAGCCUAUGGUAGUCAAUGUUCAAAGUAGCGAAGACCUUUACAAUAGUAUACUUUUAACAUCUCCACUGGGGCUGAGUCGAAUUUGUGCAUCUUCAUUCUGUCAUGGUAUCUGGUCAACCUCGGGCAGGAAACUUGAAUACACAAAUCAUUUUUUUCAA